UAACCGCCUAAGGCUGGCAACAAAAUUCCACCUCCGGACUCCAGUUAUGGGAGAAGAUAGAGAAAUGGCGCCGGAAUCGAACUUGGAAGCAUCUCCAGUAAUAAACACUCUUCAGUGGCUGGAACACUGCCAUGAAAAUGGAGUUGAAGUUAACGAUGCAGAAGAAGAACGAUUUCAACUUCACGCUGAUGAAAAUGGCCCUACUCAUCAUCCUUCUGCUCCACCCGAUGAGAUUUUUGAUAUCUCGACGACGGUUGAUCCUAGAUAUAUAAUUUCUUUGAUACGCAAGCUUUUACCUGCUGAUGAAAGACAAGGUGAUGAUCUUCUAGGAUUGUCUGUAUGGAACAACUCCACUCAAAGAUCAGAUGCUGAUCAAAUAGUAGAUGGUGCGUCCUCUCCAAAGAGAAAUAGUGGUCUGAACAACUUAAAUGGUGAUUUAGAGACUAUGGAAAGUCAACCUGUUGGUCUUGAGCAACCUUCAAGAUCAGCAGGUCCUGAUGACAAUGACACUGGCCUUCCUAAGAAGACAGCUAGAGAAGAGGUUUGGGAAGAAUGUGGUUGCGUUUUGUGGGACCUCGCUGCUAAUAAGGAACAUGCAGAAUAUAUGGUUCAGAACCUCGUGCUUGAAGUCCUUUUGGCCAAUCUUCUGACAUCUGACUCCGUCCGUAUUACAGAAAUUAGCCUUGGAAUUAUAGGCAACCUUGCCUGCCAUGAAGUUCUUAUGGACAAGAUAACCUCCACUAAUAAAUUGUUGGAGACAAUCGUAGAUCAAGUGUUCUCAGAUGACCCUCCUUGCCUAUGUGAAGUCUGCAGGUUGCUUACAUUGGGUCUUCAAGGUUCCCAGUCUGUUGUGUGGGCAAGAGCACUACAGUUGGACCACAUUUUGAGCCGUGUUCUUUGGGUUGCGGGGAAUACCUUAAAUCCGGUUCUCAUUGAGAAGAGCAUUGGAUUAUUUUUAGCUAUUAUGGAAAACCAACAUGUGGUGCCUAUUCUUCUUCCAACAUUUAUGAACUUGGGGCUGCCAGACCUUUUGGUCAGUCUCCUGGCUGUGGAGUUGGGCAAAUUAACAAGUGACAGAACAUCUGAGAGGUAUCCUGCACUUGAUUCUAUUCUUCGUGCAGUUGAAGCCCUUUCUGUCACUGAUGAUUAUUCAGAACGGAUAAGUUCAAAGAAGGAAGUUGUUCAGAUGGCUAUUGAGCUGAUCAAAAUCCCUGAAAAGAUCGAGAUCUCCAGUUCCUGUGUAACUGCAUCAGUUUUGCUAGCAAACAUUCUGGCUGAUUCUCCUGAUAUGGCUUUCAAAUUGUCAGAAGAUUUCCUUUUAUUGCAGUCUCUCCUUGAUUUAUUUCCUUUUACCUCAGAAGAAUUUGAGGCAAGAAAUGCAUUAUGGAGUAUUUUGGCCAGACUUCUGGUUCGUGCCCAAGAAGCAGAGAUGAGCUCUUCAAGGUUCAGCCAAUUUGUGUUGAUGCUUGUAGACAGAUCAGAUAUGUUAGAAGAUGCCCUCCUUGAGAGCGAUUGGGAAAAAUCUCCUAAACGUGAUAACCUUACCACAUCAGAAGCCAAGUUUGACUCAAGUACUGCAGCUAUUAAAUGCAUUGUUAAAAUUCUGAAUCAGUGGAAUCUGGUGAAGGACGAGGUAUCUGUAGUGUGCACUGAUGAGGACAGUGUAAGGAAAAGUUAUCCUGAUGAUAGAGAUGUUCAGAAAUUACUUGACUGCUGUCUCAAACACGCAAGCUAGGAUUAACAAUGCAGGUUCAGUGUAUACUUUUACCACAGAACUGGAAAUUUUGUACACCAAAAGGCUUUCAAAUCUGCCUGUAUUGCUUUUACUGGGAUUUUGUGGCUGUUUACAAGUUGCAUCAUCGAGGAACUCAUGGAUCUUCCACUUCGAAAUAGUAAACCUCAAGAUAAUUUUGGCCAGGAGAAAAGCGGCCUUGAGUCUGAAAUUUCUGCUAGGAGCAUGUAUACUUGGAAUUUUUGAAAAAUUUUAUAACAGUUUUGUUGUACAGCAAUAGAAGUCUAUCUAAGCCUCAAUGUGUAACGUAUGGUGUAGAAUCUGUAGAUUAAUACAAAAGAGAAACAUGUAGAGGAAUAUUGUUGCCAUGUUUAAUUGAGAACAGAGCAAUGUACGGUCGCACGAAGAACAAUGGCAUUCCCACCUUUCUGCACUGUAAACUUGA